AUGGAAAAUAAAGAAAAUAUCAUCACUGCCGAUCUGCUACUGCAACAGGGUCUAAGAAACAUCUCAACCGAAGUACAACAACCUCCAUGCAAAAGAAGACAAACCAAGGCUCUAUUUAGACCCUGGGAAGAAAAUGUGCAGACAUCGAAAAUCAACAGCAAACUCCAAGAGAAGAAAUCAAAAGUAUUACAAGCUCAGCAAAAUAUUCGAAACAUCAGCAAUCAAAAUGCUUCAAAUCUUCGUUUUAUCCUGGAACAACCAAAAUAUAAUCCUUAUAAUCUGAUAACUUCAGCGAAUAAUCAAAUGGAACAACAGUACUUGCAACAAUUCUACAUGGCUCAACAGCAGCAACAAUAUGCCAUUUGGAUGGAACAAGCCUAUAGAACGAAUCUCUAUUUGAGACAUUUACAACAAAUUGCCCUGCAGAGACAGCAGCAACAACUCUUUGUAUUUGGCCUACCGCGCUAG